AUGAAGGGUUGUUCUUUUGGCUGGCUUAAAUCUGUUCUGAAUAACUCUUUACCUGUUGUGGUUGAGGAUCUCCUUGCUGGUGUGAUUACAAAUGCUGAAAUCAAGGAUGCUUUGUUCAGACAGGGGAAAAACAAAAGCCAUGGACCUGAUGGUUAUACUUCUUGGUUCUUCAAGGUUGCUUGGGGGAUUGUUAUCAAGGAUUUUAUAGGGGCUGUAAGGUACUUCUUUCAAACAUCCUCCCUGUUACCUGCUUUUAAUGCCACCACCAUUGUCUUAGUGCGUAAGUCCUUAAAUGCAUGUAUGGCUAAGGAAUUUAGGCUCAUUUUUUGCUGCUCUGUGGUUUAUAAGACAAUCACUAGAAUAUUGGUCACUAGAUUAGUUGUGUUCUUUCCUGGUAUGAUUUCUCUAAAUCAGUCAACAUUUGUCAAGGGUAGAAACAUUACUGACAAUACCUUACUUUCCCAAGAAGUAGUUAGGGGGGCCUCUAAAAAGAAUCUUUCUCCUAGAUGCACUAUUAAGGUUGACUUGCAAAAGGCUUUUGACUCAAUUUGCUGGGAUUUAUUUAUGAAUGUUCUUGAAGCUUUGGGGCUGCCUGAGGGGGUUAGACAAGGUGAUCCCCUAUCCCCUUACCUCUCUAUGAUUGUGAUGAAUGUUCUAUCUUCUUUGCUGGAUAUUGCUGCUAAGAAUGGGGUUUUCAGAUUUCAUCCUAAAUGUAAAAGAAUCCCCCUCACACACAUUUGUUUUGCUGAUGACCUCCUUUUGUUCUGCCAUGAGUCAUUGGAUUCUGUAGUUGUUAGUAUUUUGGACAUGUUCUAUGAACUUUCGGGCUUAAGAUUGAAUGCCAUGAAGAUAAAGUUUUUUGCUUGUGGGAUGGCAGUGGAUAAAAUCGCGCUGAUUCAGGGAGCAACUUGUUUCAGGAUCGACAAACUUCUUGUUAGAUACCUAGGGGUUCCCUUGGUUACACGUAAGCUCACUAGCAGGGACUGCUCGGGUUUGCUUGUGAAAAUUAGGGACAGAAUUAGUAAGUGGCAACUUAUAUUUCCUAAGGGAGUCAUAAGGGAUGUUGAGAAACUUUGUAUGCGGUUCUUUUGGAGGGGCAAUAACUCCUCUGCUAGGGGUGCUAGAGUGAGCUGGAAUCAGAUGUGCUCACCUAAAUCUGAGGGUGGACUGGGCUUAAGGAAGCUAGCUGAUUGGAGUAAAACUUGUUGUCUAAUGCUUAUUAAAAGCAUCCUUGCUGAGGAAGGGUCACUAUGGAUUGCUUGGAUCAAGUUCUCUCUUGUUGCUUGGAUGGUUAUGCUUGAUAGGCUGCCUACUAAAGACAGACUAAUCAGUGAGAUAUGGCGAGCUGUUAUGCGUGCUUAUGAACUGCAGCAUCAGAUGUUGGAGUGCUGGGAUAAUGAGGAGUUUUAG